CUAACAUUCGCCAUGGCUGCAGCAUUACUCCGUAAACCAGCAAAGAGUUCAACUCCAACUCACCUCAAUUGCUGCUUGACUCCAAUUCACCUCACCACCUUGGAUUAAACACAACACAAUUCCACCGUCGCAUUGCUACCACCUGCACAGAUCAAAACUGCCAUCUUGUUUCUAUCCAUCUUUGGGAGUCGAAAGCUACCUUUACUACUGUUCACCUUUUACGUCUCCAUCCUACCCAGGUCGGUGGUCUGCAAACAUGCCUCCCAUGCCACCAUCUGCGCAGCGAAGGGGCCCUUCAUGGGUUGACAAACUCAAGAUGGGGAUGCUUAUGGGUGGAACCGUCGGGGGAAUAAUGGGUCUCAUCUAUGGCACCGUCACCGUCUUUCAGUAUGGGGGAGGUCAGGCCGGUGUCAUGCGGACGUUGGGCAAGUACAUGGUUGGAUCUGGUGCAACAUUCAGCGUCUUUAUGGGCAUUGGCAGUCUUAUUCGAACCGACUGUCCCCAGACAGCCUCCUCAGUAUGGGCACGCUCGCGAUACCCUCCGCUCAUCCAUCCACGACGGGACCGGAUUCAGUUUAGGUGAUGUUGGCCUGCACAGGCUCUGGGCGCAUCGCGCUCACUGUACAUAAGAGAUCAGGGUAUUCGAAGGGGGGGAGGCAUGGAAAAUCUCAACUGAAGAAUUAUGACCUGAGCGAUACUAUUCAGACAUUAAUCUUAUCAAGCCAAAUCUUGUCUACAUUUAUGGGCAUUUCUGGUACAUAUGAAUCCUUCCUCGACACAGUGCUUAUGUGAGCUGCACCGAGGCCCACUCGACGCAGAUUUGUACUUCUAUGUCAUUCAAGUGACGGUUUCUGAGUAUUGCUGG